CCAUACCGUACCUCGUACCGUACGUUACGAAUUACCGUACGCUACGCUACAGUACAGCACCAGUUACGUACCGUACCGUACUGUACCAAUGAAGAGAAGAAACAUACCGUACCGUACGUACGAUGUCAUCGCCGAGAAACGAAGCUCCACACGUCAGUUGUCUCCUGUUGGAAUCGGUUUGUUCUUCAAAUCCCAAAUCCAAAAAUCUCAUCAUCAUCAUCAUCGUUGUCGUCGUCGUCGUCGUCGUCGACACCGAAACCGCUUCGUACCAUACCACGGGACCCAACGGAGCAGCAAGCAAGCAAAACCAAACAGAGCAGUCCUCUGUUGCAUCGAAACGGACAAUCUCGAUACCGAAGAGACAGCACUACUACGACGUCGCGAGGGCAUCCGACGACCCACAACACCACUCGAACCGCAACACCACAAGCAAAGCAACGCAACGCAAACGAAGCAUGGCGGCCGGAAAGAGAACCAGGCCCGGAAGGGACGAUCGGAGGAACCUUGCACCGGCGCGGGCGGGCGUUGCCGGCCUCUUGCGGGCGGCGCUGCUGCUYGUCCAGCUGGCCUCGAUGCUGGCAGCGGCCGGCGCCUUUGUCGCCACRCCGGGGGGAGGCGGAAACCACGCYUGCCGCGUGGGAACCGCCCUCCGGGCCGGAACCGACCACUMUAACGCCAASGCCAAYGCCAAYGYCAACSRCMACCACCACCACCACGGCGAGCCCGGGGAGGCCGCCGUCCUGUCCCGGAGGUCGGCCCUGAUGGCGGCCGCCCGAUCGGCGUCCGCUUUGGCAAUGGCGUGUUCCAUCGCCCCGCCGCGRUCGMUGGCAGCGGAAGGCCCCCCUUCCACCACCACCGUUCCCGUYCGGGCGUCCUGGAAGGCCGUCGACGGCCUCAACACCAUGGAGGAGGAAACGAAAAACUUUGUCGGCUUUGACGCCUCGGCCUACCAGGCCAUGAUCAACGACAAGAACCGGACCCCGAUGUUCUACAAGGCCAUGGCCGAGCGCAUCGACGACGGGAGGGGAGCGAAAACCGUCCUCGACCUGGGAACGGGMCCCUUUGCCAUCUUUGCCAUCCGGGCGGCCGAGCUCGGCGCAGAGAAGGUCUACGCCAUCGAGGCCAACCCGAGGGCCGCGUCCAUGGCCAGGGAGACCGUCCGGAAGAAGGGCUUCGAGGACGUCAUCACCGUCCUGGAGGGAUUUUCGACCGACGUGAGCCUCCCCAACGGAGACAAGGCCGACCUGAUCGUCGCCGAGAUCAUCGGAUCGAUCGCCUCGGAGGAGGGCGUCGUGGCCACGAUCGCCGACGCCCACAGGCGGUUCGCCAGAAACCCCACCAGCGACUCCACCUGGAUCCCCAGCCGGGUCCAGACCUACGCGGCGCCGGCCUCCUACACGCUGCACAACCUCUUUGGKCCACCGGGAUUUGACUGGUCCAAGCUCGACGGGGACCCGGUCCGGUUCAACUGCCGGGACGAGGGCCUGCAGCUCCUGUCGGACCCGCAGAUCGUCGAGGACAUUUCCUUCGCCAACAUCCUCGACCACRAGGUGUCGAACCGCCGGGUCCUCGACUUUGCCGUCGACGAGGCCCGGACCGUCGCCAACACGGAAACCCUCGUGGCGGAGCUCCAGGCCAACAAGCUCGGCAAGUCGGAGGCCCUCCGGGCGGCCGACGCCACCGGGCACUCCUUCAGCGGGCUGGCCCUGUGGCCCCGGCUGGUCCUGGGAUCCACCGGUGCCAUCGACUCCCGGCGCUUUCCCGACGGCGGGCACCAGAGGAGCCACUGGCAGACGGUCCUGCCCAUCAUGGGGGACCGGCCGGUGCCCGUCCGGGGGGGCGACGCCAUUUCCAUCCGGGUCGACUUUCGGGUCCMMRGCGGAGGAGGGGGGACCACCGACCUCCAGACGCCGGCGACCUACAAGCUGGAGGGCACCGUCGUGUCGUCGGCGCCGGUGGGACAACCGGAGCCGGUGCUGAUGUAGCCAUUGCGGUGCAAUGCGAUGCAAUGCCAAGCAAUGCGCAAAACAUACUGUGUCCAUCCGCGGAGCAGGCGAGGUUACUGCAAGUAAAAAAAAUCUUAAUAU